CGGUAUGUCCCCUUUUAUUAGUAAAAGUGACAGCAGAUCUUUCUGAAUGAGCGAUUGGCUGCUCCUCAUAGUAGCAACGUGUGAUGCUGCAAAGGCAGAUGCUUGAGAUUUUCCAUCGGGGUGGAGCUGAUGCCGAGCAAGCAGCCUUACAGUCGCUGCAUCACUCUUGUAUAGGAAAUGACUGUAGGCAAAGCAUCAAUGACAGCUGUGAAGCACUUGGGCUGAUGCUGCCCCCCCACCCCCACCCCCCUCCGCAAGCAUAGGGGAGGUGGGGGGCAAUCAUGUCUGACUCCAGCGCGACAGGACUCAUCUUAAACAAGGGUUCAGCCGAUUCCUAUACUAGUCGACCCUCGGAUUCCGACCUGUCCCUGGAGGACGAUCAGGAGGCGCCUCGGCGUGAAGCCGAGCGCCAGGCUCAGCUGCAGCUGGAGAGAGCCAAGUCGAAACCAGUGGCCUUUGCAGUAAAAACCAAUGUUAGUUAUUGUGGGGCCCUGGAUGAAGAUUGUCCGGUCCAAGGCGCAGCCAUUAAUUUUGAAACCAAAGACUUUCUGCACAUAAAAGAGAAAUACAACAAUGACUGGUGGAUCGGUCGGCUGGUGAAGGAGGGCGCGGACGUCACCUUCAUCCCCAGCCCCGUCAAAUUGGAGGCCAUCAGGAUCAAACAGGAGCAGAAAGCAGCAGCCAGGAAAGGAGGCAACGCGUCAUCCGGGGGCUGGAGAUCCACGCCGCCAUCUGCAGCCAAACAGAAGCAGAAACAGACAGAACUUGUGCCCCCGUAUGAUGUUGUUCCCUCCAUGAGGCCGGUGGUGCUGGUGGGGCCUUCGCUGAAAGGCUACGAGGUGACAGACAUGAUGCAGAAAGCCUUGUUUGAUUUCCUGAAGCACAGGUUCGACGGCAGGAUCUCCAUCACACGGGUGACUGCUGACCUGUCGCUGGCCAAGCGCUCGGUGCUCAACAAGAAGGCCAUCAUGGAGCGAUCCAACACGCGCUCCAGCCUAGCCGAGGUCCAAAGUGAGAUCGAGAGAAUCUUUGAGCUGGCCAAGUCUCUGCAGCUAGUCGUCCUGGAUGCAGACACCAUCAAUCACCCAUCGCAGCUUCUCAAAACCUCUCUGGCCCCCAUCGUCGUCUACGUCAAAGUGUCCUCCCCCAAAGUUCUGCAGAGGCUGAUCAAAUCUCGAGGGAAGUCACAGACCAAACAUCUGAACGUCCAGAUGAUGGCGGGGGACAAGCUUGCUCAGUGUCCGCCUGAGAUGUUUGACGUGAUCCUGGAUGAGAACCAACUCGAGGACGCGUGCGAACACCUGGCUGAGUAUCUGGACAUUUACUGGCGUGCCACCCAUCUACCUUGUUCUGCCCCCGUCAACCCGGUCCAGGACCAAAGCGUCGUCACCCCUCCUUCCGCUAACUCCAGUCAACAGUUCUCUGAGACUCAAGAGUUAAUCGAGUGACCACUUGCGGCCCGGGGCAGCCUAGAGCGCCACCAUGGGGUAGCAGCAGCAGCAGCAGCAGCAGCAGCAGCAGCUUCUCUCCACCCUGAGUGAGAACAGGGACAAAAGGCAGAAGCAGCUGGAACGUGCGGAAGCGACACAAAAUACGGUUUGGGGUGAAACAGAGGGAGAUCCUGCGAUCGCUCACCGCUGCCCUCUAGGGGAAAGUCACUUGCUCCCGACGCCACAUGACAACUCAGGGUCGCUUUCUGUACACAUUCUGAUAACCUUCUGCUACACACAGACACACACUGACAGUUGACACUGGUUAGGAUGAGACACCUGUCUGUCUGUUUGCCUGUCUGUCUGUCUGUCUGUCUGUCUGUCUGUCUGUCUGUCUGUCUGUCUGUCAGAAUGAAGCCCACAACACAUGUGAAGCUCGAUGGGAACACUUCAACAACCACUACUAUUACUCCUACUGCUAUCGCCAUUACAACUAAUAACUACUACCAGUACCAAUUAAUAAUAAACUACUACUCACUACUACUAACAACUACUAUUACUCCUCACUACUAGAAGUAAUACUACUAUUUUUGCUACAACUGCUACUACUACUGCCAUUUAGUACUAUCACUAAUUGUCAUGACUACUACUCAGUAGUACUAUUAGUACUAGUAUAUAUUACUUUUACUACUGCUAGUAGUAAUCGUUGAAGUGGGAGUAGUAAUAAUACUACUGCUACUACAUUUACUACCACUAACUACUAUUAUAGUAAUAGUAGCCUGCUACUUCUGCUGUCUUUACAAUUCCAACUAUUAGUAAAAACUGCCGUGAAUAGCACCUAGUAGUACUACUACUACCAACUUUGAUUUACCAUCCACUACUACUAGUAGUACUAUCACUACUAUUUACUACUACUAAUGCUAAUAAUACUAUUACAAAGAUUACCUGCUUGUACUGCACUGGGGAAAUGUUGAAUUUACUGAAAUAAAAUCAUCUGGAUCAGAUAUAUUUUUAAAAGUAAACUUUUUUUCAAAUAUACCUAUGAUGAUGACAGAAGAUGAAGUAAAUUCAACACCUUUUUUUAGUGUGGUGACUACUAGUAGAUCAUAAUUGUGGAUAUAUUUACUAAUGCUGCUACUUGUGGUAGUAUUUGUAUCCCAUUAUACUACUAAUUAACAAAUACUUUUCUGAUACUGUAAAUAACCACUCUAUUAGUACCAAGGUACCACGAGUACUAUUUUGAGUACGGCAGACGCUAAGAGCAGUAAGACACGCACGCAUUUCUCUGUCAACAUGUGUCGUGGGCUUAAGACGACAAACACAGGUGAAAGCUUCCCAGGGCUCCUCACUAACUCCGUCUUCCGUCUCUACUGAGCUGACAUUCCAGUUGAACCAAACGCGAUUCCUGAAAAUGGCACAAAUUGUUUCUAGGCGUCGACAUGCUAGCCGUCGACAUGCUAGCAGUCCACAACGCGGCGGAAUCUUGAAUUUUUCGAGUUGCUUGAUUUCCUUCCGAUCCGCUGGUAGCCUUUUUUUGUAUAGUUUCUUUUCUACACUAAAU